CGUGAUACUGAUACACGUGAUACGGUGUUAAUUAAUUCCACCAUAUGAUUAUGUGUUCAAAAUCAUAUUCAGGCCUAUCACCAUUCCGAUGCCAUAGCUCUUUCGUGCUGGUAAAAUUCAUGCUUUAUUUAACGCUGUUUCAUUCAAUAAACGGAUUUAAUCUGGACACUGAUAGUAGAAUAGAACUUGAUGGAACCAAUGCCGGAAGUUACUUUGGCUACACAGUCGCCAUGCUGAACCAAAAUGACCAAAAUAGAUGGAUUUUGCUUGGUGCUCCUAAGGACAACAGUCACUUUCUUCCUGAUGCAGAUAGACCCGGAGCUAUAUAUAAAUGUACUUUUACCCUGGACUUCAGUAAUCACAGCUGCGAGGAAUUAUUUAUUGAUAAUAAAACCGAAGGUGAUUCGGCCCAGUUCAACGGCAAGAAUAGAAUAUUUACACAUGGAAGAGACGGUCAAUGGCUGGGAGCUUCACUGGAUGUAAAUAAAGACGCGGGCAUUGUGACGUGUGCUAAUCGCUGGUAUAACAAACAAUUUGAAGUAGCUCAGAUUUACUACAUGAAUGGACUGUGCUAUGAAAUACCUCUAGAUUUCAACAGAAACAAUAUCAAGAAGAUCCCCGGGCUUGUUGGACUUGACAAGCAAACAAUGACUGAUCCCAGAACAAACAUCACAAAACUCAAUUACGGCAUGGGCGCUCUAGGUUCAUCCGUCCACUAUUCAAGUAAGAGAGAACAUAUAUUAUUAGGAGCCCCGGGCUUGUGGUAUUUUACAGGGGGCUUGAUAGACAUGCACCGUUCCGAUGCAUUGAUCACAGAGAACUCAAAACCACCUACGGAGAGGAACGAAAUGGCGGGAUAUGCAAUAACAAGUGGACAAUAUUUUGGCAUGGGUUUAACUACGUUUGCUAUAGGAGCGCCACGAGAUCAUCUUACUGGGAAGGUUAGUGGAUAAAAUGUCGGAUUAAUUCUAUUACCCAGUUUGCAAAAGCAAGAAUAUGUACCUGCGGCACUGUCAUUUUAUUUACUUUUGGUAUGACGCCAAAACAACACGAAGAACUGUUUUUUAUCUAUUUUACCAGUAGAGACAUUACUCGUGGAGUGACAGAUAGUAAUUCUA